GAAGAUUACUGACGUCAUGGAUCAACCUUGUUUUUUUCCAAGUUCCCAGUUGUCUUGAAAGCACCAUAAAUCCAGAGAAUGACAGACUUUGAUGACAACAUUUCCCCACGAAGGACCACCGCUCCAACUUCCUGUUCAAGUGAGCACAGCACAACAAGAGAAUGAUCCAAAUUCUUUGGAGCUUGUGGAAGGUCUUGGUCAAGAUAACAGUGAAGAGGAGUUGGACUUUUCCUACCUGUUUUUGUACAACCCAUCUGAGGAUGACUUUCGCGGGAAUGAAGACAACUCAGGGGUUCCCCCUCACGAUGAUCACAACCCUCCAUCUAUGGUGCCCUACUCUUGUGAGGACAGUUCCAGUUGUGCCCAUAUAACCUCCAGUCAGUCCUACUACCAUGGGCUUGUCACUGACUGCCUGUCUGGGCCUGGGUAUAACUCGCUGGAUCUCCCCUCCAGGCCAGAGGGUGCUCCCUCCCCCAGCCCCAGGAUUGAGAUCACCCCAUCUGGGGACCCUCACCGGACUCAGCUCCUGGAUGCCAGCCCCAGAUCGACGGCCCUGUCUGUGUCUGGCUAUGAGAAUACAGCCUAUCGAGAGCCUCAGUGCCCAAGCCCUGCCAGCAGCAACUCCUCCACGGGCUGGCUGUCCGAGUCUUGUUCUCCCUGUGUACCUCCCAAUGGUGAUGGGGGGGCGGUAGGCUUGACCACCUUGGACCACCUCCAAGGCAUCCACAUGUCCAUGGCUCACUCCUCCCCAGGGACGUCCCCGUGCACCAGCAUCACAGAGGAGACAUUCCUGGUACUGCAGAGUCAGCGGUCAUCCUCCCAGCACUCCCAUACCCACCCGCGCUCUCGCUCCGCCUCUCCUCAGGGCAAACGCACCUACGACCAGUACAGCGGCCCCAGCCUUGGGACCACCAGCCAGCAGCAGCGCUCCCGGAGCCUCAGCCCCUCGCCCCACCACCUCCAAGGACCCCAGGCCCAGGCUGACCCACAGGCCAAUGCCCAUGAGCAGACUCCCAGCCUUGAAGAGGUGUUGAGCAGCCCCAGUUCGGGCCUGCCCAGGGCGGUGCCCUCCAAGAUGGUGCAGCCCAAUAUGGAGUGCUACACGUACAGAGAGAGCCAGGGGGAUGGCUAUGUGCACCUCAUGGUCCUUCUGUAGCUCAGUUGGUAGAGCAUGGCGCUUGUAACGCCAGGGUAGUGGGUUCGAUUCCCGGGACCACCCAUAUGUAGAAUGUAUGCACACAUGACUGUAAGUCGCUUUGGAUAAAAGCGUCCGCUAAAUGGCAUAUAUUAUUAUUAUUAUAUUAUCAUGGAGCAGGGGAGGAGAGGCAAAGCUGGGGCUGAGACCUACAUCCUCCCUACAUCUGCCUGGCCAGUUCCACUAGCCCACGGAGCAAUCAGGUAUAAUGUGCUAUGGGAAUGAUGAUCCCUCAUAAGAAUGAAUAUUUAAUGACAGGCUAUGUAAAGAAGCAGUAUUAGGAAAAUCCUAUUGCAUUUGAAAUUGUGAUUUCAUGUUCUGAUAUGUGUUUUGUAAUUCUUGUAAUGUUACUAAUGAUCUUACUCCGCUAUAACCAGUGAAAUCUCUCUCUUCCCUCUUCUGUAGCAUUCCUGUGCCAUCUCUGCCCCCUCUAGAUUUGCAAUUGCCCAGUCACUCAGACCAAUAUGAGCCCUGUCUGGAGCAGCAGCCUUAACAGCACCGCCGUGCCCACUCUGAGACAUAGGGCAGCAGGGGAGCAGUCAAAGCACCUGGUGGAGGACACACUGUG